GGCGGGGCCAGGGCCACGGGCGCGGGCUGUCCAGUCUGCGCUUGACCCGGCCGCAGCGCAGCCGCAGUGCCCGUGCGCGCCCCUGUGUCCGGAAGCCCGCCGCGGCCUCCCGGGCUCUCCCAAGCCGGCCUGUCCUCCCGGAUUAUUCGGGCCUCUGAGGACGGUACCCACAGCCCGAGGAGCACGCUGACAGAUCUCCUGGGCCACUGGGUGACCCUAGAACAUGGCAGGGAAGAAAGUGCUCAUCGUCUAUGCGCACCAGGACCCCGGGUCGUUCAACGCGGCCCUGAAGAAGGCGGCCGUGGAGGAGCUGAGCAAACAGGGCUGCCUGGUCACCGUGAGCGACUUGUACGCCAUGGACUUCGAGCCGAGGGCCACGAGGAAGGAUUUCACGGGCCCCCUCUCUGACCCCGAGCACUUCAACUACGGGCUGGAGGUUCCCCGGGCAUACCAGCAGAAGGCGCUGAGCCGUGACAUCACGGCGGAGCAGGAGAAGGUGCGGGACGCGGACCUGGUCAUCUUCCAGUUCCCCCUGUACUGGUACAGUCUCCCCGCGAUCCUGAAGGGCUGGAUGGACCGGGUGCUGUGCCAGGGCUUCGCCUUCGACUUCCCGGGUUUCUUUGAAUCAGGAUUUCUCAAGGGGAAACGGGCCGUGCUCUCCAUCACCACGGGCGGCUCGGCCGACAUGUACUCCAAGACCGGCAUCAGCGGGGACAUUCGCUGCUACCUGUGGCCCAUUCAGCACGGCACCCUGCACUUCUGCGGCUUCCACGUCCUGGCCCCGCAGAUCAGCUUCGCCCCUGGCUAUGCGUCCCAGGAGGAGCGAGCGGGCCUGGUGGCGGCGUGGGCGCGGCGGCUGGCGGCCAUCUGGGAGGAGGCGCCCAUCGACUGCACGGCCGCCUGGUACUUCGGGCAGUAGCCCCCGACGGCCCCUGACAGCCCUGGGACAGUGUGCCCAGUCGCGGCCACUUCACCACUGCCUGCCUGUCCCGGUUUCCUGUGCUGGUGGUGGGUCCUCGGCCUCUUCUCUCCUGCCCUUGCUCGGGGCACCUGGGCACUCAGCGGCAGGGCACUGCCCUGGGUCCGACCCGGAGACCAGCGAAAAAUCAGACACGUUUCCUGCCGCCCCCUCCAGCCCCCGCGGGCAGUGUCGGCUCCACGCCCUUCUCUGGACCGGACCUGGGUCCGUGGAGUUUCUCUCGCCCUGGACUCUGCAGUUCCUUCUCACGCUGCGUGCUAGUGCUUUAGUGCUGGGCUUGGAGUCAAUUUUUUUAGCAUCCUUUUAUUCGGGGGGUUGUGGGGCUUGCUGCUGGCUCUGCACUCAGGGAUCACCCCUGGCCGUGUUCAGAGGGCCAUAUGGGGUGCUGGGGAUCAAACAUGGAUCAACCGUGUGCAAAGGCGAACGCCCCCCCACCCCCGCUGUGCUAUCGCUCCCACCCCAUGAAUUUGAAUAGCCAAUGAAUGUUUUCAUUGCAGUUAAUUUUUUGAAUAGCCAAAUAAAUUCUUUUUCAUUGAGUA